CUGGCCGUGCAGACGCUUUGGCCGUGCUGACGCUGAGGCUGCUGCACGAGCACGGCAGGCGCGUGGUGCGGUGACAAACAGGAAGCGGAUAGGAGCCUAUGAUGAGGCCGCUGCUGUGGCGCUGCUCGCGGGGCUCUUUUCUGAAAACCUUGAGCACGUUUCGAGCCUCUGGCAACAAACAGAUCGCACAAAUACACCAACUGCAUUUACGACUAAACAUGCAUUAUCUCACAGAAGAAAGAGGGCGCCCCAAUGCCCCCGACUACCGGAUUUAUUUUAAAACCCCAGAGGGAAAGUACAUUUCUCCGUUCCAUGACAUCCCACUCUUCGCAGAAAAAGAAGAUAAUGGCGUUCCAGCAAAGAGGACAAAGAAGAGUGCCUCUGAGGUGCUUUAUAACAUGGUGGUGGAAGUACCUCGAUGGUCAAAUGCCAAAAUGGAGAUUGCUACAAAGGAACCUCUAAAUCCAAUCAAACAGGAUGUAAAGAAAGGAAAGCUCAGAUACGUAGCAAAUAUCUUUCCUCAUAAAGGUUAUAUUUGGAACUAUGGGGCUCUCCCACAGACAUGGGAGGAUCCAAACCACACUGACAAAAAUACAGAAUGUUGUGGUGAUAAUGACCCCAUAGAUGUUUGUGAUAUAGGCUCUCAGGUGUGUCGUCCAGGUCAAGUGAUUCAAGUCAAAGUGCUGGGGAUCUUAGCCAUGAUAGAUGAAGGUGAAACAGACUGGAAGGUCAUUGCUAUCAAUGCUGAAGACCCAGAUGCUCAAAACCUCAACUCCAUAGAAGAUGUCCGCAGGAGCCGACCAGGUCACUUAGAAGCUACAAUUGAAUGGUUUAAGAAAUAUAAGGUUCCAGAUGGGAAGCCUGAGAACAAAUUUGGAUUUGAUGGGCAGUUUAAAGAUAAGGACUUUGCAGUUGAGAUCAUUAAGUCCACCCAUGAGCACUGGAGGGCACUAGUGCACAAGCAAUCUGCUGCCGGGGACAUUGAUUGCAAAAAUGUGUCAUGCUGCGACAGUCCUUUUAAAUGCAGUGAUGAAAAAGCAAACGCUGUGGUCCAGUCGGCACCUGCAUUUGGUAGUGCAUUUGCUGUGUCUCCAGAUGUGGACAAGUGGCAUUUUGUCUAAAGGACCAAGAGCGAGUAUAACCAACAGCAACAACAGUAUCGUGAUGGGUAUCAGGUAUUCAUAAUAAGGGAGUAAAGUGCCAUAUACUACACCUUUUCAAAACUCACUGAGCACACAAGUAAAUAUUUCUAUUAUUAAAAAUGAUCCAAAAAUUAGUUGUGUUGCUGGAUGGCAAAUUUGAUCAAUUGUGUUAUGUAAAAAAUAUACUAUACUUUGUUUUACCUGCCUGAUUUUGUGAACUGAAUAAUGCAUUUUUGAAAUUAUUAUUUUGGGGACAAUAAAAGUCUUUAAGUUAAA